AUGGCAGCGUUCAGAGCAAGAUUAAAAGAAUUCGAUGAGCUGUUUGAACAGGAUGAGCUUGAUUUGAAAAAGGUCCGCCGGAUGAGUUUUUAUGGCUGUCCGGACGCUGGAGGUAUCCGAGCCAAAUGUUGGAAACUCCUUCUAAAUUACUUGCCAUCAUCAAAGAAGGAAUGGCCUACAGUGCUGGAAAAACAGAGGACUCUGUACAAGCAUUUCAUUGACGAAAUGAUCGUCCAGCCUGGGUCAAACUAUGAUAGCACAAACACUGAGGCCAUUGUUGAUCAUCCUCUCAAUCCGAACCCAGACAGCCAGUGGGUCGCUUACUUCAAAGACAAUGAGAUGCUGAUGCAGAUCGAUAAAGAUUGUCGGCGUCUCUGCCCAGACUUGUCCUUCUUCCAACAACCGACAGAGUAUCCUUGCCCCGAGUUGAUGUGCUCUGCUGGCGGCUUUGAAAAUCUACGAACUCGUGUCGAACACUCGGUGCUAAAAUCUGAAACUGUCAGUAGAAGUCGGUUUGGCAUCACAAAUAUGAUACCCAAGAAAAAACGAAGCAACACUGAUGAAUACGCGACGUUACCAGAAGGACAAGAGGCUCAUUGGGAAGUGUGUGAGAGGAUCUUGUUCAUUUAUGCCAAGUUGAAUCCUGGACAAGGCUAUGUGCAGGGUAUGAACGAAAUAGUCGGCCCAAUCUACUAUGUUUUCUCAACAGAUACUAAUCUAGAAUGGCGAGAGCAUGCAGAAGCCGAUUGCUUCUUCUGUUUCACCAGCCUUAUGUCAGAAAUCAGGGACAACUUCAUCAAAUCAUUAGACGACUCAGAACAUGGAAUAGGAAGUUUGAUGAAUCGUUUAAUGGAAACAGUCAAAGCCAAAGAUGUGCGAUUACACUGCCGAAUCCUGGAACAAAACUUAAGACCAGAAUUUUACGCGUUCAGAUGGCUUACGUUACUUCUGUCUCAAGAAUUCCCCCUUCCAGAUGUCCUCCGUCUCUGGGACUCAUUAUUUGCUGAUGAAGAUCGUUAUGAACUGCUUGUCUGUAUCUGCUGUGCUAUGUUAAUACUCGUUCGAACACAAUUAUUGGACAGUGAUUUCCCUGCUAUGAUGAAACUCGUCCAGACUUACCCCGUAAGUGAUAUCCAGAAAGUCAUAUCCAAAGCUGCCGAGAUUGCUGGGAGGUAGCAAUAACUGUCUCCAAAGUUUUAUACCAGGUUAAAAGUGUAUGUGUUAUGGUCGCCCACCAAGGAAUAAAUCGGGUUUGGAGGCUGCUGCUGAACUCCAUGUUUAAAACUUUACGAAUGCUUCUAAAAAUAAACGAUUCUAGAUGUUCAUCAAAUUGUUUUAAUGUCCGCAGCUUGCUGUCUCUGCUCAGGCAUUCAGUACUCAGUGCCAGAUAUACACUAUAGAUGGGUUCAAGUUUGGGUGGAGUGAAGUUGUGACUGUCUCUUUCAGCCGAAGCCAUGAUCAGAUAAAACUCAAUGUUAAACUGUGAUACGGACCAAUUUUCAGAUAGUGAAUUUCUCAUUUCAUGCAGAGAUUUUGCCUCCCCUGGGAAUAGCUGCAUAAUCGGGUUUUAAACCGGUAUUUAUUUGAGAAUACCUGCUGAGAGUCGAGUGUAUAAUACCCCAUGGGAGGCUGCACCAGGGACACAAUGAAACUGAUCUAAUUGGCAGGUCAUGUGACAAUGACUUGUGGCUGUUCCAGGAGGUGAACACACCCAUUAUGGUCUGGCUUUCUUCUUCACCAUUAUAGACAGACAAUCGGCCAUUUCUACUAACAGGGUUAGUGUCUGAAUUGAAUAUUACAGGACAUUUUAACAUUUAAAUGUAUAAUGUCCUAAUUUGUUCCGAAGGCAAGAAAUUUUAGUUAAAGUAGUGGUUUAAAAUAGUUUGUAUUCAUCUUUAAAAUUACGAAUUUAGGAACGAAAUGAUUUUCAAAAGUUUUCCCCGAUGUCUAAAAAGACUUGAAAAUCAAUCUGAUGUUUGCCACAACUAAAUAAGCAGAGGGAAAAAUUGUAUUAAAUUGUUUUCCAACAUGUUAUCAAUGUGAUUCUAUCCAACACACAAAACAUGAUUUAAUCCCGAGAUUUGAUUUGGAAACUUUGGUCUCUUUUCGUAGUUUAUGACAUUUGUAAAUUGCCCUUGCCAAUUACAGGUCGAAACCUCGUUUUUCAUUUAAAUCUUGUCAGGAAUGAAAAAUAGUGCUCUGAUUGGACCCUAGAAAAUAACAUAAUUUUGUUGCAGAGGAUGUGAACAUUGGUGAAUGUCACAGCCAUAUCUUGGGUGUGAGUGUUGGGGGGGG